CGGGCGACUGGGCCCGGGCCGGAUGGGCGCUCCGCCAGCCGCGUAAACACUGCUGGAGCUGCGAGGCCGAGCAGGCACUCCCCAAGGCAGGGCCAUGCUCACGUUCAUGGCCUCUGACAGUGAGGAAGAAGUGUGUGACGAGAGGACGUCCCUGAUGUCGGCUGAGAGCCCGCCACCACGCUGCUGCCAGGAGGCCCGGCAGGGCCUGGAGGACGGAGAGAAUGCUGCCCAGUGGAGAAGCCAGGAUAGUGAGGAGGACCUCGACGACGCGGACCGCUACGUGUGCAGUGGGGUCCCUGGGCAGCCGUUGGGCCUGGAGGAGGAGCUGACCCUCAAAUACGGGGCAAAGCAUGUGAUCAUGCUGUUUGUGCCUGUCACGCUGUGCAUGAUUGUGGUGGUGGCCACCAUCAAGUCCGUGCGCUUCUACACGGAGAAGAACGGCCAGCUGCCCUAUGGAGCAGGCAGGGAGCAGAGUCUGCAGCCCGCCAUCUCCCUCAGCAUCUACACACCAUUCACUGAGGACACGCCCUCCGUGGGCCAGCGCCUGCUCAACUCUGUGCUCAACACCCUCAUCAUGAUCAGCGUCAUCGUGGCCAUGACCAUCUUCCUGGUCGUCCUCUAUAAGUACCGCUGCUACAAGUUCAUCCACGGCUGGUUGAUCAUGUCCUCCCUGAUGCUGCUCUUUCUCUUCACCUAUAUCUACCUCGGGGAAGUGCUCAAGACCUACAACGUGGCCAUGGACUACCCCACCCUGUUCCUGACCGUCUGGAACUUCGGGGCAGUGGGCAUGGUGUGCAUCCAUUGGAAAGGCCCCUUGGUGCUGCAGCAGGCCUACCUCAUCAUGAUCAGUGCGCUCAUGGCCUUGGUAUUCAUCAAGUACCUCCCAGAGUGGUCCGCGUGGGUCAUUCUGGGCGCCAUCUCUGUGUACGAUCUUGUGGCUGUGCUGUGCCCCAAAGGGCCACUGAGGAUGCUGGUGGAGACUGCCCAGGAGAGAAACGAGCCCAUAUUUCCCGCCCUGAUAUACUCCUCUGCCAUGGUGUGGACGGUGGGCAUGGCCAAGCUGGACCCCUCCUCCCAGGGAGCCCUUCAGCUGCCCUAUGACCCCGAGAUGGAAGAAGACUCCUAUGACAGUUUUGGGGAGCCCUCAUACCCAGAAGUCUUUGAGCCCCCCCUGCCUGGUUCCCCAGAGGGGGAGCUGGAGGAAGAGGAGGAAAGGGGCGUGAAGCUCGGCCUGGGGGACUUCAUCUUCUACAGCGUGCUGGUGGGCAAGGCGGCAGCCACCGGCAGCGGGGACUGGAACACCACUCUGGCAUGCUUCGUGGCCAUCCUCAUUGGUUUGUGUCUGACCCUCCUGCUGCUUGCUGUGUUCAAGAAGGCGCUGCCCGCUCUCCCCAUCUCCAUCACGUUUGGGCUCAUCUUCUACUUCUCCACGGACAACCUGGUGCGUCCGUUCAUGGACACCUUGGCCUCUCAUCAGCUCUACAUCUGACGGGGGUCAGGCCUGGGGCUGGCAGCCACGGGAAGUUGUCAUGGGUGCCCUCGUAUAGUUCUAUGCUCUGUGCCAUAUAUUUUUAAGACUUUUCUUUCCUUAAAAAAAAAAAAAAAAGUGUCGUGUUUACUUGGCGAAGAGGAAGAACCAGCUUUUUGGUGCUAGUGGUUUUGUCACCUGACCACGGCUCACCGGCCAGAAGCGCCGGUGGUCGGACUGGAGGAGCCCGGGACGGCUGUGCCACGUGGGGAGGACGUGGAGAAGCCGCCCGGCCCCACACCGCAGCCUGGGAUGCUCCGAGGGCCAAGGCGAAGGAAGGGACCAGGAGUUCAUGCUCGGGAUGGCACCUAGCACCUGCUCGCUCCUGCGGGAGAAGAAAGCCGGUUUGCCCUGCGUGGAAUGUCCCCAACGCUUUGUCUCUGAUGUCAUCGUUAUUUUACUACCUUUAGAAACUGAGUCCUAUUCUUGUUAGGCAGUUACUGUUGGGAAGUGGCUUAAUAUCAAUAAAUAGAUGAGUCCUCUUGGAA